AUGUGGAGUGUAGGUUUGUUCCUGUGCGUGCUCUUUGGCGCCUCCUAUGGAGGGGAGGUGUGCAUUGGCGACCUUGGCUGCUUCUCGGACCUCCCUCCCUGGGGAGGAACACAGCAGAGACCGGCCUCUGUGCUCCCCUGGGGCCCCGAGGCGAUUGGGACCAGGUUCCUCCUCUUCACACAGAAGAACAAGUACUACCAGGAGAUCAAACCCGACAGCUCCAUCUCAGCCUCAAACUACAACGGCAAAAGGAUGACGCGUCUCAUCAUUCCGGGAUAUCUGCAGAAAGGAGACGAGGACUGGGCCCAGGAGACCUGCAGGACCAUGCUGACCUGGGAGAACGUGAACUGUGUCGUGGUGGAGUGGAAGAAGGGAGUGCAGACGUCCUACGCUCAGGCCGCCAACAACGUGCGAGUGCUGGGGGCGCAGGUCGCUCACAUGAUCUCCUUCCUCAUGACCACAUUUUGGCAGAAGUCCGAUCGCUUUCAUCUGAUUGGUCACAGUUUGGGGGCGCACGCGGCCGGGGACGUGGGGCACAGGCUCAAAGGGAUCGUGCGGAUCACAGGUCUGGACCCCACGGAACCGUACUUCCAGGGCACAGACGUCGAGAUCCGACUGGACGUCACCGACGCCACUUUUGUGGAUGUUAUUCACACCGACGGUGCCCCCUUCAGCUCCAAACUGGGUCUGGGUGCGUCAGAGCCCAUGGGACACGUCGACUUUUAUCCAAACGGAGGAGAGAAGAUGCCGGGCUGCAACGCCAACAAAGGACAACCCACCGACCUGGACGCCAUGUGGCAAGGCUCAGUGAAGUUCGACUUCUGUAAUCACGUUCGUGCAUAUGAGUUUUACACUGAGAGCAUUGUCAAACCUCAGGGCUUCAUUGGGUUUCCCUGCAACGACAAGAAAGCCUUCGACGACGGUAAGUGCUUCCCCUGUACAGAGGACACAUGUCCACAGAUGGGACAUCACUCGAACAAAUUUCCCGCCAAUGGAGGGAAGUACUUCCUGACCACUGGAGACUCCACCCCCUUUGGACGUUACACGUACCACCUCCGCCUGACCCUGGAUGGCCCCGUGUGGCCCAACCCCGGCUUCAUGUAUGUGAAUCUGGUUGGAGACAGAGACAGCACCCAAGAAUACCAGCUGCACGUUGGAUCUCUGGUUUCUGGUUGGAGUUACGAGAUGAUGUUUCAUGCUGAGGUGGAUGUGGGCGACGUGACGGAGGUGAACUUCAGGUGGAACAAUCACAUUCCAAACAUCCUGAACGAGAAGUACGGAGCCUCCACCGUGGAACUGGUCCGUGGCAAAGACAAGAAGAAGAUGCAUUUCUGUGGCACUGAGAACGUCGAGGAGAAUAAGGUCCAGUCUGUGCUGCCCUGUCCUCUGUAGACUCCUCUGGCCACUCAAUGUCCCCACAUUUGCCCCUCGCUGGUCCCACGCUGGCCC